CACCUUUAUGUUGGCCUCUUAUGUCUCUCUUUUGUCAAUCACAAACCUCCUGUUUUCGUUAUCUUAUAUUAUAUGCUCCCGACGUUGGCUUAUUAUUGAUUCAAGUUUGUCAAAUGUCCAUUCCCGAAAGCCUAUUUUCUUCUUCGCCUUCGCCUUCGCCUUCUUUGCCUCAGACCUCUUCUGGGAGAGUUGAACUAGUUUCCAAGUUUGUAUCGGAUCGACUUGUUCAGAAGUUUUAUGAUGUGUCUGAAUUCGGCUUUGAUUACGAGCAAAGUGGAUUGUGGUCUCCUCCGGUCCAGAGGACUGUGUUCAUGAGCUCCUCUGGGAAAAUAUUCACGGAAGCAGAUAUUCUGUCAAAACUCAGAAGCGCAUUGCAGAGGCAUCGUCGUGGAAGGAAACACAGACUUUGUUUCAAUGUAUUGGUUUGCUGCUUCCGAGUGAGAUGUUCAAGUGAAUUGAGCAUGUCUUAGCUUACUUUGGAGCUACUACAACAUUACCAUUCCCUCUCACCUGUCCCACCUUCUCAGUUUGUUCAACAAUUUCCUCUUGGUGGUGAUCAUGUAAAUGCUACAUUGCUCUAAGUGUAGAAAUGCUGAGUGGUGUGAAUGGGUUAGGUAAUCCAGUCCGAGUAAAAUGUUCAUAUAACACAGUUGAAUCCAAAUUAACAAAUGUAAGAGUUUUUGGUUAAGGGAACAUGCCAUUUCAACAUAUUAUAUGUAGUCUUUACGAGAGAGUUUUGCGUGUUUUUAGACUCUCAAUUAUCAGAAGUCCAAAAUAUAUACUUUGUGAGCUCCUUUUAGGUCUUUUUUAAUCUAAUUCUUUUAUGUUUAGAAACCAACUCAUUUGCCUGACUUUCUGAGUCUGGAAAGUCGAGCUCUCUGCUUUUCCAAGUACCGCUUGAUGUCAUAAUACGACUUCUCUUACACUAUCUUUGUUUAUAAGUGCCUUCAAGAAAUAAAGGGUCUUAACUUUUGUAAGAUACUAAAAAACAACCCUUAAAAGAUUAGUCUUGCAGAGACCAAAUUAAACUGCAAACCACUUAAACUAGCAUUAGGAGCCUUGAUGUGAAUUUUCAUUGUCAGUGGCAGAUAUUGUCAAGAACAGUCAAGCUAUAUAUAAAUUCUGUCUUCAUUUGUUGUUUCUGCACAAAGCUAAAAUUGCAAGCUGGCCUUAAGCUUUCAAAACUGAAUCCAAACGGUAACAUGUGGGCGCUUAAAGGAUCUGUUAGGAUAAUAUGUGACACGAUUUGUUAACUCAAUACGAACACGACACGAUAAAAGUGGGUUUGAGU